GCGUGGAUGGACAGCCCUGUAAACAUUUAGGCGAGGUUACAAGGCUGAGGCACACCUCUUUAGUAGAAAUUCUUUUCCACCACAACCAAAUAGAAGAGCGGCUUGAGGGAAGUUUAUAUAGACGAAAUAUGUUAGGACUAUCAGAAUUAUCAAACCGUAUUGAGGAGGUUCGAUGUCUUUGUCAAUAUAAAUUAUGGUACGAUGUGCCAAGCUUCUCUGAAGACGAAGCAGUUCCUCAUGACGUUCGUCAAUGCUAUAUCUUUUUAGACAAGACGUCUCGAUCAUUUGCAGCAGUUGUUAAGACACUUCCCGAUCAAUUGAGAGAAGCUGUAAUGCUGUUUUACCUCGUUCUUCGAGGAUUGGACACGAUAGAAGACGAUAUGACAUUGCCUUUAAGUAAGAAAGUUCCUUUAUUAAAAUCAUUUUACGAAAAAAUCGAAGAAAAAGGAUGGAAUUUUCAAGAGUCUGGUCCCAAUGAAAAAGAUCGAGAGCUAUUAUUGAAAUUCGAAAUCGUUAUUUCCGAAUACCUAAAGCUUGAGGAAGGCUUUCGAACCGUUAUUCGUGAUAUUACCAAAGAAAUGGGUGAAGGAAUGGCUCAUUAUGUGACCUUGUCUGAAAAGAACGAUGGUUUUUCAAUUAAUACGAUACAAGACUAUGAUCAAUACUGUCAUUAUGUAGCUGGAUUAGUGGGUAUUGGACUAUCUCGUUUAUUUGCAGAGUCUAAAUUAGAAGAUCCAGAGUUUGCUCAAGCGGAAGCAAUCUCCAACUCUGUUGGUUUAUUCCUGCAAAAGACAAAUAUAAUCCGUGAUUAUCGUGAAGACUUUGACUCUAACAGACACUUUUGGCCUCGAGAAGUCUGGUCAAAGUAUGCCAACAACUUUGGUGAAUUUUGUCAACCGGAAAACUCUGAAAAGGCGCUUAGUUGUCUGUCUGAAAUGACUGCUAAUGCACUAAGUCAUGCUACGGAUUCUCUCAACUACAUUUCUUCUUUACAGAAUCAGCAAGUCUUUGAUUUUGUUGCCAUCCCUCAAGUUAUGGCUAUUGCUACUCUUUCAACUGUCUUUAGGAACCCUGCAGUGUUUCAAAGAAACGUUAAAAUUCGCAAAGGUCAAGCAGUCCAGAUUGUACUUCAUUCCGUUAACAUAAAAAAUGUUUGUGACUUGUUCCUGCGCUAUACUCGUGAAAUUCAUUAUAAGAAUACACCUAAAGAUCCCAAUUUUUUGAAGAUUUCUAUUCAGUGUGGAAAUAUUGAGCAAGCUUGCGAAACAAUCUUCCCUCGUAGCUACCGUGAACUUUACGAGAAGGUAUUUUCAGAGAAACUUUUCCAAGAAAAGAAGGGAAAAACUAAGGAAGAAGCUGCUAAAGUAGCUAUUUCAGAUGAAGCCCGUCGACAAUACAAGAAAGAUAUGACUGACCUUGGUAUCAGUGUUGGUAUUGUUUUGUUGGUUGUAUUUACUUGUUUAGCUGCUAUCUUUUACGUUCUUGGUAUAAGCUUUUCUAUUUCAGACUUGAAGAAUCUUAAACUCAUGUAAGGUUCAAGAAUUUAACGAAAAAUAUGACUAUUUUCGAAUUUAAUUUCAGCUUUUGUUAAUCUCAACCUACUAUUUCUUUAAUAGUGAUUGCAUAUUGUAAAUAUUAAAUCCUAAUUUUCAUCUUAAUUUCUUAGUACGAGAAUAAACACUUAAAUAUGAC